AUGACAGAUGGUUGCUCUGAUGUCCAAACUCCAAAUAUUUCCAAUUACUACUGCUCCAAGAGUGCUGAUGAAAGAUCUGCAGAAGAGAGGGCAAUAGACGCAUGGCUUCCUGUUACUUCAAACAGGAAUGCAAAAUGGUGGUAUUCAGCUUUCCACAAUGUUACUGCCAUGGUUGGAGCUGGUGUCCUCGGUCUUCCUUAUGCCUUGGCACAACUUGGAUGGGGGGCAGGAGUAGCAGUUUUGGUAAUUUCUUGGAUUAUAACAUUUUACACAUUAUGGCAAAUGGUUGAGAUGCACGAAAUGGUUCCUGGGAAACGUUUCGACAGAUAUCAUGAACUUGGGCAACAUGCUUUUGGGAAAAAACUUGGGCUAUGGAUUAUUGUGCCACAACAAUUAAUUGUUGAAGUUGGAGUUGACAUAGUUUAUAUGGUAACUGGAGGACAAUCACUCAAGAAAUUCUAUGAUUUGGUCUGUAAAAAAGAUUGUAAAGACAUAAAACUUACCUACUUCAUUAUGAUCUUUGCCUCUGUCCAUUUUGUUAUCUCUCAUCUUCCUGAUUUCAAUUCCAUAGUUGGUGUGUCUUUGGCUGCAGCUGUCAUGUCCUUAAGGUAUGCAUAUUACUUAUUUCUGUUACCUGCUACAACAGCUUUCACAAUGUUUGUUGGUAUUACCUACCCUUGCAUCAUGUGGCUAGCAAUCUGCAAACCAAAGAAAUUCAGUCUCUCUUGGAUUAUUAAUUGGAUUUGCAUUAUUCUUGGAGUAUUAUUGAUGAUUAUAGCACCAAUUGGUGGCCUAAGAUCCAUAAUCAUGCAAGCCAAGGGCUACAAAAUCUAUACAAGCAGCAACAUAAAAGCCUUCGUCAUACCAAUUUCCUGA